AAAUUAAAAGUAAAAACAGCGAUUGAUAAAUAGCAUCCACGUAUAAAUUCUCACACCCUAUGCGGCGACGCACAAACACCGCAUACAACAAAGCGACCCACCCGGGGGGAAGAGGAAAGAGGAGGGAGGGAGCAGCAGCCCGCUCGCGGCAAUGGGCAACGUCAUCGCUGGGCGGCGCAAGGGCGCCAAGGUGAUGCAGCUGGACGGCACGGAAUUCCGGGUGAAGCCGCCGGCGUUCGCGGGCACGGUGCUGCGCGACCACCCGGGGUUCCAGCUCCUCGAGUCCGAGGAGGUCAAGCUGCUCGGCGUCCGCGCUCGCCCGCUCGCGCACGAUGCGAAGCUCCGGCCGGGCCGGCUCUACUUCCUUGUUGCGCUACCCCGCCCCGCCGCGCCGCCGCACCGCGCGUGGUCCGGCGCGCUCCACGUUGGUGCGCGCCAGCGGCUUGAGUCGCUCAUGCUCACCCGCCGGUCCACCUCCGACCUCUCCUUCCCGGCAUCCGCCUCCACCACGGCGCCGGCGUCCCCGCUCUCCCCUGCCUUCGAGGGCGGGCCCGUCCGGCUCAGGAUGCGCCUGCCCAAGGCGCAGGUCGAGAAGCUCAUGGCAGAGAGCCGGGACGGCGCCGAGGCAGCCGCCAGGAUCAUGCAGCUGUGCGCAGCCAACGCCGGCAGCGGAGCCGCCACGCCAGAGAGGGGGAUACUGCGGACGCCGGAACGCAGCCCGCGGUUCGUGCCCACGCCGGACUGGGGCGCCGGCCGGUUCGCGCAGACGCCCGAGCGGAGCCCGAGGAGGUUCGCGGCGACGCCCGAUUGGGGGACCGGGUUCAUGAUGCCGGCAGGCGCUGGGACGGCGCCAAGGACGCCGGGGAGGUGGCCCGCGCUGCCCCGCACGCCGGAGUACGCAUCGCCGGACGUCAAGGCCAGCCGGAAAGAGAAGCGAACGCGGUUCGUGGCGCUGCCAGACGAAAUAAUCGCGUGACUUUUUCUUCGUCCAACGAUCGAGAGAUGUGGUUGCUUGCAACAUCGCGAGCCAGGAGAUGUAGACUGAUCUGCAGGGUCCGAUUUGCUCCCGUCGUUGCAGGCUGUAGACGAGAGGCUGGCUCCCGACGGUUUCCUGUCUCGCUACCUACGACAUGGAGUGUCAAUUACUGUCCUCUUAUUUCUCUCUCUCCUCCCUCUAAUUUUUCUUGAUAGGUAGAGUGUAAUGUUGUGUGAUGUAUAUGCUAGCUGCAUCUGUAAGGCUCUGCAACAACCUCGCCAGCAGACUUUUGUGGAGAUGGCAAUGCACCUACGUCGCCUCGCAUCGCAUGUCAUCACGAUGAUAAUUCUGUUUCUGUAAAUAUUUCGUCAGAGACAAUUGAGGAGCCGUACAUGUUUUGGUGGUUCAAUUGUCUCGUGCGUUUAUCCUUUUUGAGGGAAAAGAUAAUUUUCCGGUGUU